AUGUCUGAACCCGCAAGCGGGCAGAGUUUCGGUCAAGCGCUUCCGGAUCAGGUGGAGAGAAUCGCCGAACUAUUCGACGCUCAUCUUGAAGUUAUAAACGAUGUCCGAGAGCUGUAUAGUGCACGUGUGGCUUUAGAACGCGAAUAUGCCGGAAAACUGCAGGUGCUAACGAAGAAGGCUUUUGACAAGAAAGCAAGGGCACAGUCCGCGUUCGUCGUCGGAAAUGAGCCGACAAAGGCCUGGGAUGCUAACGUCCUUCGACAAAGCUCCUUGAACGCCGCAUAUGAUGAAAUUUUGACUUCGUUCACUAAUACUGCUCAGGAUCAUUUGAAUAAUGCCGACGCUUUGGCGACUCAGACCAUCGAGGUUUUGAGGGGCCUCGAGCGAAAAAAUGCGGACUCAAAGAAGAAGGAAAUGGCAUUUUUUCAGAAAUUGUUGUCGGACCGGGACCGCGUUUAUUCAGAGAGGUUGAAGAGCAAACAAAAGUACGACGAGGAUUGCACAGAGGUCGAAACGUUUCGGCAGAAGCAGGGUCGCGCAACCGAUGACCGACACGCAGACCGGGCCGCAAGGCAGGCAGAACAGCAACGCAACGAUAUGCUGAAUAGCAAAAACUCGUACCUAAUAUCGAUUGCGGUCGCCAAUCAGGCGAAGGCGAAGCUGUACGAAGAAGAUCUCCCGAAGUUAGAAAAUGUCAUUCAGGCUAUGCAACGUCGCCUUGUGGAGCGAUUCGUUCAAGUUCUUCUACAAUCACAGAAAUUGCAUUUGAGCCACCUUGACUCGCUCAAAUCUCGCGUCGCAAAUGUUGAGGAGAAGCUCAAGCAAGUUGACGUUGUGAGGGAUCAGGAUCUCUUUAUAGAUCAUAACGUCAGGCCGUUCAUUGCGCCAGACGAUUGGAAAUUCGAACCGUGUUCCAUUCACUACGACACGGAUUCAAUGAGCAUCGACCCAGCACCAAAAAUUGUGAUCCAAAACAAGUUACGUAGGUCACGAGAGAAACUGGAAGAGCUCAUUCCAUUAAUGGAGUCAAGACGAACUGAAUCCCACCAGUUGUCGUCUCAGCUGUCCUCAUACAUUCCAGACCAUACGCUCGGUACAAUCGAUGAACUCCAUGAUAGUUACCUAGAUGCAGAGCAUCAGGUCGUGUUUUAUGCAACGUCGGAGCGCAUCCUAAAGACCGAGAUCGAUGUCAUUGUCGAUGCCGUUGGAGACGAUCAGGGUGCUUCGAAGCCCCAUUCAUUCAAGAGCUCGUCCUUCUCCAUCCCUACCCAAUGUGGAUACUGUAUGGUACCGGCCAACUGUGAAGAAUCUGAGGAACGACCCUCCGGCAUGUUGUUCAGGAAGAGUACUAACGCCUCACGAAGUGGUCCUGCAGACCGAGGCGCGGGCAUGGCACCGUCUGCGUCUUCUUUCGUGCAAUCGAUAGCAUCAGAAGAUUCGUCGGUGGAAGAACGUGUCGAAGCGAAGGUUCUAUUCGAUUUCAACGCCACAUCUGAGUUUGAACUCGGCGUACAAGACGGUGCUUACGUCCAUGUCCUUGAGCCCGACGACGGUUCAGGUUGGGUGAAGGUCGUAGAUAAGGAUGGGAAUAGUGGCCUAGUUCCGGCGUCGUAUCUAGAGAUUUUGAACGGCGAGGGGGGCGAAAUGAGGGUUGUUCAAGAUGCAACAGGGGAUCGAGUUCAAGCCAUCUAUCCCUAUUCUGCACAGAGUGCCGACGAGCUGGACCUCACGGUGGGAGACACCUUGGAGCUAUCCAGUGGCGCCACUGGUGGGAGAAACUACGCCGAUGGCUGGUGGGAAGGGACGAAUGUGCAAGGAAGGAAGGGAAUAUUCCCCAGCAACUACGUGAGUGGUGAAAUUCGUGCUCGCGCUCGUGCGCCGUCGUGGGUUGAAGUCGAUUCGUUAUCCCAGGUUGAGGCUAUUUGA